UUCAGUUGCUAAUUUAUUCGUGUCCUCUUAUUUCACCUAUUUCGUGUUCUGUCAACGCUUCGCUGAGCCCUGAAUCCUUCCUGGAUCAGAAUAGUGCUCGGGUGGGUGUAGCUCCCAGCACGCCACCAUCCAGUUGUUCCUUCAGGCGGCUCCUCGGCUGCCGAACUUUCCAGAAAGCUGGUGAGUGACGGCCGCCCUCUACUCCCGCUGAAGAUCCGAAGACCUACAUGCACACUUCCUUCUCAGUCCACUCGACACAGCAAUAUGGCUCGCCGACAUGGACUAACGACUGUAAUUUUCCUGAUGCUCACUGUCUGCACUCCCUUGUUGCUGGAUGCCUCGCCAAGUAUACCGGAAAUACGAUGUCCGUACCACCCAUCAACAAUCAUAAAGUAUUUCUCCGUGGAGAUGACUUUCGCUGAUGCAACCGCUCAUUGCCAGAAGUUCAAUGCACAUAUCGCGUCUAAGGUCUCGUGCGUGCAGGACUAUCUUCGGCCCACUGACAGCGUUGCCUGGUUGGCCCAGAAGAGAGGGGUGUUGCAGACUGCCAGUGACGGGAAAGCAUAUAAUCUAGCAUCUCAACCAGCGCCCAAGCUCAAGGUUGUGUGUGAAGUUGAACCGGAGGUCAGCUACACGUGUAAUAAAACUAGAGCUCACAUUGCCGUGUACGCCAAUACCGGAACGUAUACACAAGCGAAAGAACAGUGCGGACGCCUAGGCGGGCGCUUACCGGCUGGAAGUGAUGAGGGCGAUUGCCUGAAUCACGCUCUGCAUGUUGCGACGAGCACAUCGCCUGCUAAAGGAGCCAGGCCCUGGAUAGAAGACUUUGAGGACCAACCACUCAACGUGAUUUCAGCUAGCUACACAUUGCAUGAGAGCAAAAGAGCAGGCCGGACCGCCAAACUAUUGGCCACUGUGGCUUGUGCUUUCAAUUUCAGUAAGCCGAACACAUGUGUUGAUCAGAAUCUCUUGUUUUAG